GCUGUUUGAUGUUCACGUAAGUAGAGAUGGCUUGACCGAGAUGAACACCAGAAUGGAAGUAGCUAACAUAGACCGAGGCUACGCCUGGGUGGUCCUCGUGGCUGCUUUCUGCCUUCAGUUCCUGGUAGGGCUUCUGGCAUACUCUCCAGGCGUCAUGAACAUCGCCAUGUUGGAUGAAAUUGAAAACGAUCUGACGAAGACCUCCUGGGUAGGCUCCAUAAACUUUGGGACCUGUACGUUACUAGGUCCAGUUGCUGGGUUAAUCCAGGAUAAAGUUGGUUCACGUGGCACAGCUUUGAUGGGUGCCACCUUCACCUUUCUGGGAAUGACGAGUGCCUCCUUUUGCAGAUCUAUAGUGGGACUGGUGCUCACCUACGGCUUUAUUUCAGGGUUUGGUUUGUGUCUUGCUUGCAAUGUAGUUGGCGUUGUUGCUGGGAACUACUUCUUAAAGAGGAGAGAGAUUGCAUAUGGUGUUUGCAGUGCUGGUGGAGGAAUGGGUCUUUUUGUUUCCGGCCCGCUUGUGAGAUAUCUUCUUAGAAACUACAAUCUAAGUGGGACCUUGCUUCUUCUUGGUGCUGUAGAAUUUCACAUGUGUGUUGCCGGUGUUACCUUCAGGCCAGUACGCCAUGGACAUUCACAAAGUAUGACUGUGACUCCAAAAGAGCCAGCAGCUAAUGAAAUCCCAGAUGAAAGUGAUUCCUCGGUGCAUCAACAAGCCACUAAUGCUGAACCCUUAUUAAUAAAGAAAAUAGAAGUUGAUGACACAAAUGAGUUCGAACUUACUGAUCAACGACGUCAUGGUUCAAUAUCCUCAAGCCAUGACAAGGUUUCUCUUUCUCCACCACUUUACCAUCCAGAAAAGAAAGGAAUUAAAGCACGUAUAGGCAGUGUUUUUAUUGCUUUCAGAAUCUUUAAACAAGUGUCAUUUCUUAUGUAUAACAUCAGUCUGACGCUGUGGACUCUUGCUGAAUCUGCUGCCGUCUUUCAUCUUCCCUACUACACUCAGCUCAAAGGAAGCUCGUCGGAUCAAGCCGCAACUGUGUUUACUGCAAUGGGGUUUGGCAGUGUUAUUUCCAGAAUAUCUGCCGGAUUGAUAACUUCAGAUUCGAAGAUACCACACAUUAUCAUCCAAGUUGGCCUGUUAGGAAUAUCUGGGAUGAUAGUGCUAUUCUUCCCUCUUUAUUCUAACACAUACAGCACACAGCUGGUGUUUGGGAUCUUGUACGGGACAUACAGCCAAGGAAUUAAUACUCUGAUUGGUCCCAUAGUCCUUGACUUAGUAUCUCUAAAGGAGGUUCCAGUGGCUUAUGGGUUUGCAUUUUUCUUCCAGGGAAUUGGAUAUAUCUUAGGACCUCCAGUAGCAAGUUGGAUUUAUAAGUUAAGUGGCGCUUACGAUUUUACAUACGUUUUUGCAGGAUCGUCCAUGGUAUUGAGUUCAGUGUUGGCAGCAGCUGUUGGCGUGGUAAGAAGAAAGGAUUUACAGAGAAUGGAUGCACGGACUCUGGAUGUAAAACAGGAUGAUGUGAAGUAUUAGUGAAAUCAUGAUUGUUACACCAGUGCAUGUCUGCACCAUAUGUCAACAUACAGAGAUUAAAGUGACAUGUAAUUCUGUUGACUUACAUUGCUAUAGAAGUUUAUCAUUUUACCAGGCUACGGUAG